AUGAAUUUACAGAAACAUAUAGCACAGAGAAAUGCUCAGAAGAAUGUUAUAGACUAUUAUUUAGCGAGAAUAGAAGACGCCAAAAGCGCCGAGAACAUUUCACUGAUCGAUUUCAACGGAAUAUUUGAAAAACUCGCGUUAAAAGUGAAACAAAUGGAAGAAAUGAACGAGAAGAUUGCAAAUCUUACGGACAGCGAAGAAAUUAACGAAGAAAUUAUACAAACCGAAAAGUAUAUGUUGGACUUAGACCUUAAAAUGAGACACCUUAGUGACUUUAGAGAUAAACAGAUUCGUACAGAUGUACAACAACCGCAGUUUUUCCCCACUGAUGGUCAGUCAACUCUUCAUGUGGAGUCGCAGCAGACAUUUUCCUCUGAAUUUUCGCAGUCCACAACUGACAGAUCGUCACAGAGCACUUCCGGUUUUCAACAAGCACAGUUGAAUGUAAAUGCACAUCCUUUCGUCAGUCAGAAUGUAAGUAACAAUUCAUUUCAAUUUCAUAGACUGCCAAAGUUGUCUCUACCAAAAUUUAACGGUGAUAUUCUUAAAUGGCAAGGUUUCUGGGAUUCCUUUGAAUCAACCAUUCACCUGAAUACCAAUCUCACAGACGUACAGAAGUUUACAUAUUUACAGUCUCAGCUAGAGGGCGUUGCAGCACGUACUAUAGACGGUUUUGCCUUAACAAAUUCCAAUUAUUUGAGAGCCAUUAGUUUACUUAGAGAGAGGUUCGGACAACAGCAUAAGAUUGUACAUACCACCAUGCAGGCCUUGAUACAACUACCGGCGCCAUUGAACACGCUUAGCAGUUUACAAGCGUUCCAUGACAAAAUGGAAACGUACAUUCGAGGGUUAGAAUCAAUGGGGCAGAAUCAAGAAAGUUACGGAAGCCUGUUAGUGCCAAUAAUUUUAGACAAAAUGCCACAAGAGGUCAGAAAAAAUCUUGCACGAGAACACGGCGACAAUGACUGGAAGUUAGAAGAACUUAGGAGUGCCCUGAGGAAAGAAGUCCGGAUACUUGAAGUCGGAAUUCAAAGCUAUACACCGGAAAUAAACGAUUUCAUACCGACAUCGUCUUUUUACACUGGAGCGUUAUCAAAGCAAAGAAGAAAGCAAAAUAAAGACAAAACAGAGAUAGAUUUCAAUACAAACAGAAAAAAUAAAUCAAAUGAUAUCAUUUGUGCAUUCUGUGAAGAAUCACAUAAAUCUAUUGACUGUACAAGGUUUCCUGAUACGCUGUUAAGAAUGCAGAAAGUGAAAGAAAAACAAUUGUGCUUUAAUUGUUUAAGAAAACACCGGGUCAUAAACUGCACGUCACAAAGAAGAUGUCUGGUCUGUAAAAAGAAACAUCAUACUAGCAUAUGUAACAACAAGAGUAAAGAACACAACAGUGGCGGGAAUGUUCCGGAUGUACAGCCAUCAAAACCGGAAACGGCAGUUCUACAUUCAUCUACCCAAGAAACUUCCCAUGGUGUUUUACUGAAAACAGCCAUUAGCAAGGUGACUUCCGGUAACAUAACAAGGGAUACUCAUAUCCUGUUUGACGAAGGAGCACAGAAGUCAUUUAUCACCGAGACGCUAGCACAAGAAUUGCAACUAUCCACAUCCGGUACAGAAACCUUACACUUAGCAACGUUUGGUAACCAAGAACAACAACUAAAACAUGUUGAUUCCGCAACGGUGUACCUCAUUACAAACCAGAAAAAGAGAAUACCGAUCAAUGUAUUAAUAGUGCCUACUAUAUCAGUACCUAUUAGUACCAGUCUACACAACACAGCGUCCCAUUUACCUUACCUGAGAGGACUGAACCUGGCACAUCCGGUUAGCGGCGAUGAGGUAUUUACAAUUUCUCUGCUGAUAGGAGCUGACCAUUACUGGGACGUCAUUGAAGAUCAUUUUAAAUACGCGGAUGUGGACCAACUGCAGUGA